AUGGCAGACAUCGAAGAGUGGUCUGCGAAUGCCAAUGAGGCUGUCCGGAUCUGUCUCUGGCGACCUUCCAAGGAGGGCCCAGUCGCGCUUGGCCCUCCUUUCAACGCACAGUUUACUUACCCUCUCUAUGGCGAGGACGAGCAAAUCUUUGGUUACAAAGGUUUGAAAAUAAACAUCAAUUACCGCGCAAACGACAUGCGACCAGUAGUCAAGGUGUCCUACCAAGCCAAAUUUGACGCAGUCGGCGACACCGAACCAGCCGACAUCAUGACUCCCUUGAAGGAAAACCUCCCCGACAUUGCCUUUAGUGGCUACCCUGACUUCGUCGAGAACACGAAGAAGCUCUCUCUCGAGAAUACCUGGAAGCCUGCUGGCGAAUUGCACGCCACGAUGCAGGACGGAUCCCAUACCUAUGAGAUCUGGAAGGGUACCUUGGUCGACCCGGGAAUUAAGCAGCUGGUCGCGCGCAUCCAGCUUCUCCCGCUCCUUUUCAUUGAGGGAGGUUCGCCCAUCAUCAAUCCCAAGUUCGAUGCAGUUGACGAUCGAUGGACCGUUUGGUCCCUGUACGAGAAGGACGAGGAUGGCUACAGCUUCCUAGGCUUUUCCACCGUUUAUCGAUUCUACUAUUUCGGCAAGCGAAUCGAUCCCCCUCCUCCCCCUGGCACGCGAUUUGAGCUGCCUGUAGGCGAUUUUGAUCUCGGCCAGUUACCCUCUCGCGCGCGAUUGUCGCAGUUCCUUAUCCUGAAGCCCUACCAAAGCCGCGGCCUCGGAACUCGCCUUUACAAGACGAUGUUCCAGUAUUAUUACGACAACCCGCUUACUCGACAGCUGACCGUCGAGGAGCCCAACGAGUCUUUUGAUGACCUCAGAGACAUGUGUGAUCUCGCCUUUCUUCUGACUCUGCCCGAGUUUAGAGACAUGUCGUUCAAGCAGGGCAUCAAGCUCGAUAUGAAAGGUUUACUUCCAGAGCUUGUCGAUCGGAAGGCUGUCGAUGCACUGAUGGAGAAGAGCAAGAUUGUGCCCCGUCAGUUCAUGCGCUGCCUAGAGAUGCAUCUCAUGAGCAAGCUACCUGAGUCCGUCCGCCCUCGACUUCCUACCGAGGGAAAGAGCAAGAACAAGCCGACGGCCGAUGACAAGUUCAUUUUCAAUGUCUGGAGGCUUUUUGUCAAGUCUCGCCUUCUCGUCCACAAUGUGGAUGUCCUGGGCCAGUACGAUUUAGGCCCGAGGCUUGUGCUUCUCGAGGAGACCAUGGAUAAUGUCCAAUUCGAUUACAUUCGACUCCUCAACAAGUUCCAACGCCGUGCGCAGCGUGAUAAGCCCAAGCGACGACUCGACGAUGACGACACCGAGGACGCGUCCGCUUCCAAGAAGGCGAAGGUCGAGGAUGUAGAGGAGGACGGGACGUCGAUCUGA